AUGUCUCUUGCGGACGAAUUGCUCGCUGAUCUGGAAGAAAACGACGACCUAGACCUUGAAUUGGCUAUAGAAAAUAAAACCACGGCAAACAAUGAUCAAUUUGCUGUACCCUUUCCCAUGGUACCAAAAGAAGAAGAAAUAAAAAAUGUUUCAAUUAGAGAGCUUGCUAAGUUAAGAGAUUCAGAUAGAUUAAAGCGGGUGAUAACAGAAAUUGAAAGAAAUGUUGGGCAGAAUAGAAACAAAAUGGAAGUCACUGGUUUAAUGGAGUCUGACCCAGAAUAUCAACUGAUUGUGGAAGCUAACAAUGUGGCAGUUGAAAUUGAUGGAGAAAUUGCGAUUAUUCACAGAUUUGUUCGUGACAAAUACCAGAAACGUUUUCCCGAGUUGGACUCCCUAAUCGUGACACCUUUGGAAUACAUUAGAUCUGUGAAGGAACUGGGUAAUGAUCUCGACAAGGCCAAAAGCAAUGAAACUUUGCAAAGCUUUUUAACACAAGCAACUAUUAUGAUUGUAUCCGUCACUGCCUCCACGACACAAGGAAAAUUAUUGACUGAAGUUGAGUUGAAUGAAAUCUAUGAAGCUUGUGACAUGGCUUCUGAACUAAACAACUAUAAACUUAGAAUAUAUGAAUAUGUUGAAAGCAGAAUGACUUUUAUUGCACCAAAUGUAACGGCAAUUGUGGGUGCAUCAACUGCUGCCAAAAUACUUGGUAUAGCAGGUGGUUUAUCUAAAUUGGCCAAAAUGCCGGCCUGCAAUGUUCUGCCCCUCGGACAGCAAAAGAAGACCCUCUCUGGCUUCUCUCAAGCGGCUGCCUUGCCCCACACCGGCUUCAUUUAUUUCUCACAAAUUGUUCAAGAUACAACACCGGAGCUGCGAUACAAAGCGGCCAAGCUGGUGUCGACCAAAGUGACUUUGGCCGCGAGGGUGGACUCGUGCCACGAGAGCCCCGACGGCCUCGUCGGGCGAAGGCUCAGGGAGGGCAUCGAGAAGAAGCUGGACAAGUUGCAGGAGCCGCCGCCCGUGAAGUUCAUGAAGCCUCUGCCGAAGCCCAUCGAGCAGAGCCGCAAGAAGCGAGGAGGCAAGAGGGUGCGCAAGAUGAAGGAGCGCUACGCCAUGACGGAGUUCAGGAAGAACGCCAAUCGCCUCAACUUUGCCGACAUCGAAGACGACGCCUACCAAGAAGACCUGGGCUACACUCGCGGGACGAUCGGCAAGUCGAGCACCGGUCGAGUGCGGUUGCCUCAAAUAGACGAAAAGACCAAAGUCCGCAUCAGUAAGACCUUGCAGAAGAACCUUCAAAAGCAGCAGCAGUACGGCGGCGCGACCAGCAUCAGGAGACAGGUGUCGGGGACGGCGUCUUCGGUGGCCUUCACUCCGCUUCAGGGUUUGGAAAUCGUGAAUCCUCAGGCGGCAGAGACGAAGGUGAAUGAAGCGAAUGCCAAAUAUUUCUCCAACACAUCAGGAUUUUUGUCCGUCGGAAAAAAGACUUCGUGA